AUGUGCCAGCCCAGCCCGACCAUAGCUGGCUUCCUCCAGCAAGCGGAGGACAACCUAGCACUGCUGAGAGCCCGGGCGCAGUUUACACCCCGUAAAGCUCGAGAAAAAGUGGCCGAGGACAGCCCGGGAAGUGCUAGCGCCCGAAUGAGUCAAAGGUUAAGAGCCACGGGCUCUACUCGCGCUUCACCCCGGCCACAGGAGCCAACCGAGCUCGAACUGCAUGCGCGUACGUUGCGCGAUCUUGAUCGAAAGAUGAGAGGCUUCGACGCACGGUUCAAGUCCAUGGAGAAGGCUGUGGCUUCUGCGGCGGAUUUAGCAGCAGCCUCCUCGAGGUGUGGCCGCGACGGCAUCGAGGCUGCAACCGCCGCAACUGCAGCAGUGCGCGUGGAAGCAGAGGCUAAGUGCCGCGAGCUGGCACAACGUAUUGAAAGCAUCUCCGUUCCUGGACGUUGGGCCCAGGACCUCGAAGUCAAAAUCGACAACAUGGUCCAGGCAUGUCUGGACCACGAUCUGCGGUGCUUGGAGAGGCGGCUCGUGGCCCAAUUCUCGAAGCGCCACUCCGAGGUUCUGGAGGCAGCUGAGCAGAUGACGUCUGAGCUGAAGGCGGAGGUGGGCCAGCAGCUGCAAGGUUUCAAGGAUGGCAGGAUUAUGGCAGCCUGUGCGCCAAACCGCCCGGCGGAGGCCUUGGCCUUGGAAGGACGCCUCAGGCUCGCUGAGGCAGACCUGCAACGAGCACUGCGGGAUGUUGACGACUGGGAGCGGGCGAGGCCAGCCCAUCACGAGCAGCGCAUCGACAAGCUCGAGGCUGAUCUGGCGAAGCUGUUUCAACGACUUGGUUCAACAUCUGACAUGGGAGUCCAGGACCCGCGCGCGCGGCGCGGAAUUCCAGAAGCUCCGUGGCGGUCAGAAGCGGAGCGUCCACAUAAGGCCACAGAAGUUGCAGGGUCAGCGUCGCAUGUGCCCUUCAUAGAACGUACGCUGCAGCCCUCGGAGCUGGCUUGCGACAGACUCGGAGAGCGCGCUUCAAAGGCAAGCGGCACUGUGAACGUCGAGCAGCCAGCCGCUGAACUUGAGGUGGCUUCCAAUUCAGGCACACCUUCAGCGCCUCCCUCCCCAUCGAUGCCAAGCCGGCCGGCGAGAGCCCGGGCCAAUUCCGAAACUCAAGCGUCUCGCGGCUUGUAG